AUUCUACACUGCCCUUUUUUAUUCUUUCAGACAUCUUUUAACGAUUGAGAUGCCACUAUGAUGUUAAACAGAUCCUAUACUAAUAUAUUUAUUUUAAGUUUUUUCUGAUACUUGUUGUUAUCUAGGAGUUUUAUUUUUCCUUGGUUCGUGAUUGGUCGUAAAGCACCCGGAUGUUGAUUUGUUUACUGUAGCUAUGCUGGAACGCUAGCUAACCAGAUACGCAAUGCCUAGUUCUUCUGGAAAGAAAGUGAAAUUGUGCAUCGUUUUACUCAAGAAGGAAAUUUAGGUGCACCCUGUGAUAAGACUACUGUCUACUGCUACUGUCUGUUCAAAGAUGAUCGAGGUGGUGGCCUCCAUGGUCCGGGGCCCCGUGUUUCUCGCCGGGGAGCUCAUGGAGAGUCUCAUAACUUUUACCAACCCGAUGUCCCACCUGUCCACCUCAGCCAGCUGUGAGAUGCUGGCAUGGGCCAGUGCCCAGAUCCACUGCCAGUUUCAUGCCAGUGAGAACAGAGUGGCUCUGCCGGUCCAGGGCAACAAACAGGACGUCCAGGCUGAGAGCAACACGGUGCUCAUUCCAAACAGAGGAGAGAGAGGUCAGUGUGUUCUGGACACACCACCUAAGAUAUUAUUCUGUGACCUGCACCUGGACCCUGGGGAGAGCAAAACCUAUUCAUACAGUGAGAUUGUACCCGUAGAUGGUCCUCCUAGUUUCCGUGGUCAGGCGGUGAAGUACGUCUACAAACUGACCAUCGGCUGCCAGAGAGUCAACUCUCCGAUCAAACUACUCCGGGUUCCCUUCAGAGUGCUGGUUCUGCAAGGCAUGCCGGAGCAUCCAUUCCCCCAGGACGAGGAGGUUUCCCCCUCCAACCCGUUCCUGGAGGAAGAGGAAGCGAGCCGCAGGGAUGCUCGGCCUUUGGAGAGAGCAUUGGACAUGCUGAUGGUCACUACCUCAAGACGCUGCCCCCAGAUGUUUAAUAUCACCAAUGUUCGUGGGAAAGUUGCAAAGUUCUGCAUCUUCAAGAUGGUUUACAGACUCGGGGAGGACAUCAUCGGCACAUUCAACUUCUCAGAGGGAGACAUUCCCUGCCUGCAGUAUUCUGUGAGCCUUCAGAACGAGGAGGAGAUCCAGCAGCAGUACCAGCGGCGCCCCGGACAGGUCAUCAGUGUGACUGGACACGGCCGACACAUGGAGUCCUGCCUCCACACGGCCUCCAGCCAUUUCUCUCUCCCUGUCCCCCUCAACGUCACGCCGGGCUUCAGCACAGACAUCGUGAUGCUGAGGUGGCGCCUUCACUUUGAAUUCGUCACUGCCCGGGAGCCCAUGGAACCGCCCACAGUUCUGCAGAACCAAUCAGAGGUCACCGUUUGGGCAGGGGCGGAGCAUGUCGACGUAGACACCUUCAGCUGGGAUCUGCCCAUCAAAGUCCUGCCCACCAACCCGGCCUUGGCGUCCUACAUGUCCCACUUUACAGGGACCAACAGCAUCAGUAUUUGACUGUUGUGAACGAGAGAUAGUCGCGAGUUACUGUGUUUCUGAGGAUGUGUGUGUGUGUGUGUGUGUGUGUGUGUGUGUGUGUGUGUGUGUGUGUGUGUGUGUGUGUGUGUGUGUGUGAGAGACAGAGACAGUUUUUUUCUUUGCAGAUGAGAACAGAGGUAUACAUUUCAGUAACAAAGGAGCAUUAUUUUUGUUUCUCUUGUAUAUGCAGUGCCAGUGAUGAUUCCAUAUGUAUAUUAUGCAACUUAUGUUUUGCCUUUUUUCAUAUGCAUUUUGCAGUGCGUCUUAACUUUUUGGACCCUUAUGACGUGCAACUAUCUCCGUGGUUGAUGUAUAUUUCUGUAUUUAUUUCACUUUUGAUUCCUUUACUCACUCUAUUUCUCAUUUUAUGGAAAAAAAGUCUCUCACUCAAAAUGGUUUUAUUGUAAACUGUUUUUUUUUUUUUUUUCUCUCAGCUUGAGCAAAAGCUUUAUCAAGAUGUAAAUACCACAAGAGAAAAAAUAAUAAAAAGUGUGAUUUAAAUUUGAUAGA